CAAGCGGGCGCAGCGGAGGACUGGAGAAUCACAGGUUGGGAUAGUUCAACGGACUACGUAACUGGUGCUUGCCGCAGUCGAUUUACUGACGUGGAAAGCUUUUGGGCGCCAAAAACCCAAUCUUCCCCUUACUCGCCUCUGCUUCUCUUUCGAAAUGGCAGUAGCUUCCGUACACUCCGUCCUUUCGAAUCCCACCCUGAAAUCGCUCAGAAGGAAACCCGGUCCCGUGUUCCGGACUCGGCGUCCAGAAUCAUUCCGGUGCGAGACGACAAUCGAGACAACAGGGGAGAAACGGCGAGUUAGGGUGAAGAACGGGGACGACUCGUUGGAGAUAUGCCGAGUCCUGAACGGGAUGUGGCAGACCAGUGGGGGAUGGGGGAGGAUCGAUCGAGAUGAUGCCGUCGACGCCAUGCUCCGAUACUCCGAUGCCGGUCUCUCCACCUUCGACAUGGCCGAUCACUAUGGACCAGCGGAGGAUCUGUAUGGCAUUUUCAUCAACAUAGUUCGUCGAGAGCGCCCACUAGAGUUGCUUGAUGAGGUUAGAGGUCUGACAAAGUGGGUGCCACCUCCGGUUAAAAUGACGAGUAGUUAUGUCAAGGAAAGCAUCAAUGUUUCACGAAAGAGGAUGGAUGUUGCUUGCUUGGACAUGCUCCAAUUUCAUUGGUGGGAUUACUCCAAUCCUGGCUACCUGGAUGCGCUAAAACACCUUACAGAUCUAAAAGAAGAAGGUAAAAUCAAAACAUUGGCUUUGACAAAUUUUGAUACGGAAAGGUUACAAAUAAUCCUGGAAAAUGGAAUCCCAAUUGUCAGCAAUCAGGUACAACACUCUAUUGUUGACAUGCGUCCUCAACAGAGAAUGGCAGAACUUUGUCAGCUUACAGGAGUCAAACUCAUAACGUAUGGAACUGUGAUGGGUGGCCUCUUAUCUGAAAAGUUCCUAGACACAAACUUAUCUAUUCCUUUUGCUGGCCCUCCUUUAAACACUCCCUCCCUCCAGAAGUAUAAAAGGAUGGUUGAUGCUUGGGGAGGGUGGAGUUUGUUCCAAGUUUUGCUUCAAACACUGAAGAAAAUAGCUUCAAAGCAUGGAUCCUCUAUCCCAACUGUGGCUGUGAAAUACAUACUAGAUCAGCCGGCAGUGGCGGGUUCCAUGAUAGGCGUGAGACUCGGUCUCUCUGAGCAUAUCCGGGACUCCAGUGCUGUGUUUUCACUUGUUCUGGAUGAUGAUGAUAUAAACAGCAUCAGAGAAGUGUCAAAGAGGGGGAAAGAUCUACUCAGAGUAAUUGGUGACUGUGGUGAUGAAUAUAGGCGUGCAUAAUUAUCAUAUUGACCACGUACCAAGGUGAUGAAUUCCCUUCCGCGAUCAUGUAAAAGCUGCUUAUUUAUCUGGAGGACUUUGCGGGAGGUUUGUGUUGAUAUGGAAUUGUAUACAUCUGGAAAUCACUCAAAAAUUCGAUGUAACCUUACCUGAAACUACAUUCAAAUAAUCAUAAGAUAUAUGUAAGUUCUGGCGUUGUUUCCAUGA